AUGUCACGGACAAAGACCAAUAGCGCAGGGCCCGCGGUCGAUGCGUCGCGGGAGCUCGCGACGACAUUCAUCUUUGGCCCACAUAUUGGCACCUUUACAAAGCAGGCGAUGGACAAACAUGUUCGACCCAUCGCCCAAGGCCCUCACCGAGAAUGGAUUCUCAAGGCGAUCACAGGGUUAACCGGUUAUUGGGAAACCCUCUCAGAAAAGAUUCCCGAAGUUGGGGCUGCCAUCCCGGGCCACGAGCAGCUAAGCGACUUGGAUGCAUGGUUUCGACAUGAACAGACCAACAUGUUGCCCGAGGCUGAACUACCAAACAUCAUCAUUACUCCUUUAAUGGUCCUAAUCCAGCUCACGCAAUAUUGGCAGUACCUGGAGCUCACCCAGGAUAGCACUGCCGGAGGAGACCUUCACGCCAACCUUGUUGCUCAACAGCAGCUGCAUCAACAGUCAGAAAAAACGAACCGCUUUGAGUCCCUAGGGUUUUGCGGGGGGAUGCUAAGCGCUAUCGCCGUGGCCAGCGCACAUAACCGACACGAGCUAGAAAAGUAUGGCUCGGUGGCGGUACGGUUGGCGAUGCUCUUGGGCGCACUCGCCGAUGCCCGCAACGUGUGGGACAGUGCCCGAGGCAAAGGCCGAUCGACGGCAUUUGCUGUAGCCUGGAUCAGCCCCAAGCAAGAAGAUGAGGUACGGCGCAUCAUUGAGUCCUUAUCCCCGGAUUCGUACCUGGCGGUGAUGUUCGACGCCACCCGUGCCACUGUCAUCACAACAGAGAACACCGCGCCGCUCUUAUCGAACCGGCUUCGGGCAGAGGCUGGGGCGAUCGUUCAGGAGCUGGGCAUGCGGGCGCACAUUCAUAGCCCGGAUUCGGCAUGGAAAAUCUAUGCCGACAUGCUCGUGGAAAUGUGCAAUGCCAUGGAGGGUCUACAGUACGCGGCUGCGGACAAAAUGGCUCUGACAACGUACAACAACCGCGCCGAAGGGAAGGCGGUGCAGGCGCCGAAUGUUACCGAAAUGCUAGUGCAAGGAAUUUUAGUGCACCAAUGCAACUGGUUCGGAACAUUCUCCUCUGUUAUGGCGGAUAAGCAGCCACUGUUGGUGACUCUGGGUCUGCAAAAGUGUGUCCCACCGAGUAUGAUGCGGCGUGUAGGAAAACGCCAGAUAUACGUCCCGGAUGAUGCAGCACGCCUUUCACCUCCUGUGAAGCCUCUCACGGAAAUUAGGGUACCAGAGCCUUCAUCCUCUUUUAUCCCCAGUCAAUUCCAACUUCCGGUACCCUCCACGCCGGACCUCAACGACAAAAAAGACUCUAUUGCGGUUAUUGGAAUGUCUGUGAAGACGGCGGGGGCCGAUGAUCUGCUGGAGUUUGCGGAUAUGCUCAAGACGGGAGAGAGUCAACACGAGAUCAUCACCGGAGAUCGUCUUCCGCAGGAUGUACUGUUUCGAGAAGGCCCAGAGGGCCAACGCAAUUGGUAUGGCUGCUUCGUGCGCGACUCGGACGCGUUUGAUCACAGGUUCUUCAAGCGCAGCCCGCGAGAGUCGGCCGCCAUAGACCCACAAGGCCGAAUUGCUCUGGAGGCAGCCUACCAAGCCGUGGAGCAAUCCGGUUACUUCGCAAUGUCCCAGCCAGACAAGCAUGUCGGCGUCUACCACGGACUCGCGGCCGUAGAUUACGAUCAAAACGCGUUCAGCAACGAGCCUAACGCGUUCACUGCCACUGGACAACUCCGUAGCUUCAUCAGUGGGCGGCUUUCGCACUUCUUCGGCUGGACCGGCCCCAGUAUGACAUUAGAUACGGCGUGCUCAUCCUCUAUGGUGGCGCUCCAUACCGCCUGUCUCAACAUCAUGGCAGGCGAGUGUACGGCAGCUCUGGUCGGCGGUUCCAGCAUCAUCACUAGUAUGCUGUGGCACCAGGAUAUGGCGGCUGGGAACUUUCUCAGCCCAACUGGCCAGUGCAAGCCGUUCGACGACAAUGCGGAUGGUUACUGUCGCGCUGAGGGAUUCGGGUUUGUUUUUCUCAAGAAAUUGUCCGAUGCAGUGCGCGACGGAAAUCCUGUGCUUGCAACGAUUCCCAGUACAGGCGUUUACCAGAAUCAGAACUCAACGCCCUUAUUUGUACCAAAUGCACCCUCUCUCUCCCGUCUGCUCACGGACGUGGUACGUAAGUCGGGGGUACCGGCAAAAGACAUAUCAUUGGUGGAGGCUCAUGGCACGGGUACGGCGGUGGGCGAUCCGGCAGAGUAUGAGAGUAUUCGCUCCGCUCUUGGAGGCCCCGUGUCUGGCCGUCGCAACAAGUUGGCUAUUGGGUCUGUCAAAGGAUUUGUAGGCCACGCAGAAGGUGCUUCCGGGGUGCUUUCACUCAUUAAGGUCAUUAUGAUGAUGCACCAAGGAUUCAUUCCGCCCCAAGCCAGCUUUACCAAAAUGAAUCAUAACAUUGACGUGCGACCGGAUGACAUGAUGGAGGUAAUCACCAAGCUGCGGUCAUGGGACGAUAAGCACAAGGUGGCCCUUAUCAACAACUAUGGUGCUUGCGGAAGCAAUGCAUCCAUGAUUGUCGCGCAAGCCAAAGCGCCCUCGCGUGGUCGAUCGAGAAUCACGAGCGAGAACUGCCAGUACCCGUUUUGGAUUCCCGGCAUGGAUCCUCGCGCGAUCGCUGCUUACAGGACCAAGUUGGCUUCAUAUCUGUCUUCGUUGGCCACAACGCCCUAUUCUCUUGCUGAUAUAUCAUUCAACAUGAGCCAACAGUCCAACCGGGGCCUUCCGCAUGGCUAUAUUUUCACAUGUCGUUCUCUUCAUGAGCUUGAGGAAAAGCUGCGGCAGGGGGUCGAAGCUGAGUCAAAUGCUGCUGUCCCAACUAGCAUCACUUCAAUCAAGCUAGAGAGACCGGUGAUCCUGUGCUUUGGCGGCCAGAUUUCCCAAUCGAUAGGCUUGGACCGUAAUCUAUAUGAGUCUAUCCCCGUCUUUCGCCAGCAUCUGGAUGAAGUUGACUCUGUUGUCACAUCUCUUGGGGUUCCGAGUAUCUACCCUGAUAUUUUCAUGCGCGAACAGGUACGAGAUGUCAUCCACUUACAGACUAUGCUGUUUGCCAUGCAGUAUGCCUGUGCCAAGAGUUGGGAAGAUUGUGGUCUCCAGUCGAAAGUUGUCGCAGUAGUCGGCCACUCUUUUGGUGAAAUUACUGCUCUGUGCGUGGCGGGUGUAUUAACGCUGCAGGAUGCGGUGCGGCUUGUUGCGGCGAGAGCCACACUGGUGCGUGAUUUGUGGGGACCAGAAUCCGGUGCCAUGAUGGCGGUUGAGGCCGACGAAUCGAGGGUUCACGAUCUUGUCCAAGCGGCCAAUGGUGCCUCUGAUUCAGAUGGCUCGGUUAGCAUUGCAUGUUAUAACGGUCCGCGCAGCUUCACGCUAGCUGGCACUACAGCAGCGUUGGACGCCGUGCAACUCCUGAUAGACGGCAAAUCUUUCCAGGUCAAGAGCAAACGACUCGUCGUGACCAACGCAUUUCAUUCCAAGUUGGUCGACAAAUUGGUGGACGGCUUGGGGGAGGUUGGGAAGCAGUUGAAAUUCCACCCAGCGGUCAUCCCCAUCGAACGCGCUACGGCAGAGGCGAGCCAAGGAGAGUUGGAUUGGACCUUCGUUCCCCAGCAAAUGCGCCAGCCUGUCUUUUUCAACCAUGCCGUGCAACGCCUGUCCAAGAAACAUCCGGACGUUAUCUUCCUAGAGGCUGGUUCGAACUCCACCAUCACGGCCAUGGCCGCACGAGCGUUGGCGCCAACAAAAUCGGAUCAACACUUCCAAAGUCUUUCCGUAACCAACUGCAAGUCUGGUCUUGACGGCCUGGCCGACGCCACGGUCGCGCUUUGGAAACAGGGUCUCCGGGUAAAGUUUUGGGCUCACCACUUGCUGCAGGCAUCAGAUUACCCGACGAUGGUCUUGCCACCAUAUCAGUUUGACAAAUCGCCCUCCUCGCGGCAUUGGCUUCCUAUCCAAUCGCCGUUGAAAGAGGUCAAUAAGAGGGCUGCCCAAAUGCUCCUUGACCAAACCGGUUUGCUUCCAGCAGAGGCAGGCGGCAAGCAGAAGCCAUCAGCGUUGUGGACAUUUAUCGGAUAUCAAGACAGCAGCAUGAAUCACGCCCGUUUCCGCAUCAAUACAGAGUCUGACCAAUACAUGGAACUGGUGUCGGCCCACGUGGUGGCCCACACGGCGCCUAUCUGCCCGGCCACACUCGAAUUUGAUAUCAUGAUCGAGGCUGUGCUCAGUCUGCAUCCAGAGUGGGCGAAGGCCGGCGCCAUGCAGCCUGUGGUGCGUGAUAUGGUCAACCACUCGCCAAUCUGCUUCGAUCCGUCGCGAGCCUUCUAUCUAGAUCUGGUGGCGGCUGAUGCCACUCAAGAAUGGAAGGCUCGAUUCUUCAGCGUGGAGAAUGAAUCAGCCAGAGAGGAAACGCAUGCGGAUGCGUGUGUGCAAGUGCGCUCACAGGAAGACCAACAGUAUAUCAAAGAGUUUUCACAGCUGGCGAGGCUGGUCAGUUACAAUCGGACUCAGGAACUGCUUCACGCUGGUCUUGACGAGGACGGGGUAGAAAUCCUUCAAGGCCGUCAGGUCUACCGAGCCUUUGGUCAGGUAGUUGAUUACUCAGAUAUUUACCGCGGCGUGCGCUAUGUCGUGGGCUCCGGAUUUGAGUGCGCCGGUCUGGUGCAGCUGGACGCGAAGCACCGGCGGCCGAACACCUGGCUAGAUGUGCCACUGAGUGACUCAUUUGCGCAAAUCGGCGGCAUGUGGACCAACCUGAUGAGUCCAGAGACAUCGAGGCUGAGCGAGGAUAUCUAUAUUGCUAAGGGAGUUGAGCUGCUAAUGCGGGCGCCGACCCAUCAAAGGGCCGCGCAUGCGGGGAUCGACGCGUGGCACGUGUAUGGCCGCCAUGCACGACAAGGGGAGCGAUCCUACAUGACGGACAUUUUCAUCUUCGAUCCUACGACUGGAGAGCUGGCUGAAGUCAUGCUAGGUGUGCAGUGGGGGCGCGUGGCGAAAACGUCCAUGAGCCGGAUGCUGCAGAUGAGGACCAAGGAUGAUUCAGUUUUGCGCAUCAAAUCUGCACCAAAUGUCUCUUUGCAUCAACCUAAGGCCGCUGCUAGGAGCGUCGACGCCAGUAUUACGACAGCAAACCAUGCCAUCCAAGCGAAGUCUCCGCCGAGAGGUAAUGCGCAACUGGUCUCAGCCUCCGUCCGACGCGAUAUGACAGACGAAGUGCGCAGCUUGGUGGCCCGCCUGACGGGGAUCGAGAGCAUCGAACUAGAGCUGGAUGUCGAGAUUGCCGAAUACGGCAUUGAUUCACUCAUGGGAAUGGAAUUUGGUCGUGAAGUGGAGAGAAUGUUCAAGUGCGCGCUGGAUCCAGCCCAGCAGAUGGAAGCUACCACGCUACGCAAAUUUGUUGUUUGUGUAGAGAAUGCGAUGUUUGGGUCGGGAUCUCCUGAGAGGACUAAUGAGCACCUCCAACCCCCGAAACGGGAAAAGAGAUCAUCUAAAGUCCAGACUAAGGAUAUGACAGAGGCAGUCUGUAAGCUGGUCGCCACCGUGACGGGGUUUGAUACUGAUGAAAUGGGCCUCGAUGCCGAUAUCGCGGAGUUCGGGAUCGAUUCUCUGAUGGGCAUGGAGCUCGGUCGUGAAGUAGAACGGGCAUUUGGAUGCACGCUAGAUCAGACCGAACAGAUGAGCGCCAACACUCUUCGCAAGUUUAUAGCAUGCGUUGAGAAUGCUGUGCUGAAGGCGACGAACGGUGCAAGCGGAGAAAAUUAUGACGAGGAGCAGUCUGGCGAUGAGGACGAUUCCUCUGGAAACUCGACAGCGGUAAUUAUAGGAGAGCAUGACGUGGAUUCGUCUGAUAGUUGGUCCGAUUCAAGCCCUCUUUUGACGCCGCCAUCAGAGACCAUCGUGGUGCCAACAAGCUCCCCUAGCAAGCUGGCCUUGUCGGCUUCGGAUCUUCUUAUCUCAUUUGACCAAGUCAAGCAAGCAACUGACAAAGUACUCGGCCAGUACCAUGUCGAUCAAUUCGAGCGGGCUUUUCUAGCCAGCAGCAACCGUCUCUGUACGGCACUCAUAGUCGAGGCAUUUGACAAGCUUGGGUGCCCUCUGCACUCUGCCACUCCGGGCCAGCGACUAAACCGAGUGUCAUUUCCUCCGCAACACGCUCGACUUGGACAGUGGUUAAACCGCUUCUUAGAGCGAGAUGCACGCCUGGUAGAUAUUGACUCUACUACAGGGCAAGUAACGCGCACCUGGUUGGCAGUGCCAUCUAAGACGAGCCACACGAUGGUGCCAGAUCUGCUGGCCCAGCAUCCAAACUUUGCAACAGCCACCCGGCUGGCCUAUCAUGCCGGUCAGGAGUUGACAGCCAUAUUGAGUAGCCAAUUGGAUGGCUCAUCUAUCAUAUUAGACAACGCCAAAGGGGUGGCGCUGCUCGAGGCUUUACAUACUGAGUACCCUUUCUUCCGUGCUGGUUAUGACCAGAUCCAGGAGGUCGUGAAAUGCGUUCUUGAGCGCCUUCCUGCCAGCCACGCAGGAGAGACGUUUAAGGUGCUUGAAGUAGGAGCUGGGACCGGGGGAUUGACGCUCGUGAUGGCGUCUCUAUUUUCCGCUCUCGACAGGCCGGUCGAGUAUAUCGUCACUGACUCAUCCCAUCUCAUGGUCGGUCGCGCCCGCCGGCGUUUAGAGCAGCAGUACCCAUUUAUCCGUUUUGCGGUGCAUGAUGUCACGAAUAUCGUGGACCAAGCGCUACAUGGACAACAUCUGGUGCUGAUCAACGCCUCUUCUAACGUGACAUCGUUCUCCAACGUGCGGCCGGUUUUGCGCUCAGACGGCUUCCUCUUGGCAUUACAGAUGACCCGGGAUGUCCCUUGGGCUUCUCUUGUCUUCGGCCUGGUCGAUUCCGGCCUCAGGCAUGCCACCGCCGAGCCCGAGCAUUGGGAGCGCGAACUGCACGACGCCGGCUUCGGGCAUGUCGACUGGACGGAUGGACACAUGUCGGCCAAUGCGUACCAAACAGUCAUCAUGGCCAUGGCAUCAGGCACCCAGGGUCCACGGUCACCUAAGGCAUCUCCUUUGAAAGAGGCAACAGUGAUUGAUCAUGGGGCGCGGACAACCGAGGCAGAGAGACUGGUGCAGCAGUAUGCCAACGGCUGGGCUACGCCAAAUAUGCUUCGACUACAGGCAAAGAUGCAAAACAAUGGGCAAGCUCCUAGUCGUGGAGCUGUUGUUCUCGUAACUGGCGCGACUGGUAGCUUGGGGUCCCACAUUGUCCAAAAGCUGGCGGAAAAUCCAACGGUUGCCCAGGUCGUAUGUGUGAACCGCGAUUCCGCCAGCGUGCCCGGCCUCCAAAGACAACAAGAGGCGUUCCAGGAACGAGGUAUCAAGUUGGCGCCGCGAUCCCGCGCGAAGCUGCGUGUACUGGCAACCGACACGGCCAAGCGGCAACUCGGCCUGCCGGUGCAUGAAUACACUUGGCUUGUGCAAAAUAUCACACACAUUAUACACAACGCCUGGCCCAUGAGCUGGACCCGCCCUGUCGCCGCGUUUGCGCCCCAACUUCAGUCUAUGAGAAACCUAUUGGACCUGGCACGGGAUGCAGCCAUUGCGCCUGGUCGGAACCGGGUCCGGGUCGGCUUCCAGUUUGUCUCCUCCAUCGGCGUCGUCGGCCAGUCUGGCACCACAGGCCGCGUACUAGAGCGCCGCGUCCCCGUCUCAUCUACUGUGCCUAUUGGUUACGCUGAGGCCAAGUGGGUCUGCGAGGCUCUUCUCGAUGAGACACUUCACAAGUUUCCCGCCCUGUUUCGUCCCCAGGUGACCCGCCCAGGGCAGAUCGCGGGCUCAUCAACCAGUGGGUAUUGGAACACGGUCGAGCACCUGCCUUUCUUCAUCAAGUCAGCUCAGGCUUUGGGCGCGUGGCCCGAACUAAACGGGAUCAUGCAGUGGGUGCCUGUCGAUCUCAGCGCCGCCGUAAUGGCCGACCUCGUCUUGAAUCCGAACGCGUCUCACCCUGUCUACCACGUCGACAACCCCGUCGGCCAGCCGUGGAACGAGAUGAAUCAAUUUUUCGCCCGCGCCCUGGGGAUUCCCAGCUCGACUGACUUGGUACCCUUUAAGGAAUGGGUCCGGCGCGUCAGGGCCUCGCCGCUCGUACCCGAGACCGAGAAUCCCGCCGCCCGACCUGGGAUGCCGGACUGGCUCGAGUCAAACUUUGAGCGGAUGGCUUGUGGGGGACUAAUUCUAGAUACUGAGCAAGCCCAGGCGCAUAGCAGCACCAUGGCGAGAGAAGUCGGGCCUGUCGGUGAGGAAGUGGUGUCUAGAUUUGUAGAGUAUUGGAGGAAAGCGGGCUUUUUGCACUGA